AAAUUUAUGUUUAAAACUAAACUGAUAAAUGGAAAAAUUAUAAAUGAGUAAUUGACGAAACAUUUUCAAGUCCGAAAACCACACUCUCUUUUCUCUGCUCGUGCUUCGCAAUCGCACUGUUCAGCAUUAUGGAAAAAGAUUGGAAGCCAAAGAUUGGUAUGGUUUUUUAUAACAUUGAAGAAGCUUGGAAGUUCUGGGUUGAUUAUGGUGGAAGACUUGGAUUUGGAGUGAGGAAACAAUAUACACACAAGAAAAAAGAUGGCUCAAUCAGUUCUUGUAGGUUUGUUUGUUGCAAAGAAGGCUUACGGAAGCCAGACAAGCGAGAUUAUAAAACAAUUAAUCCAAGACCGGAGACUAGAACAAAUUGUCGAGCAAGGAUAGGACUUAAGCAUACGGGUGGACAAUUUAUUGUGUAUGAUUUUGUAGAGGAACAUAACCACAAUGUACAUCUACAAGAAACCAUUCAUAUGUUGUCAUAUGAACAAAAAGUUUUAGAAGUUCAAUGCCAUCAAAUUGAUCUAGCAAAUGAUGACGGCCUACAACAUAGGGCAUCACUUGAUUUAAUGAGUAAAGAAGUGGAAGGUAGUAGUGACUCUGGAUAUACUCCCCCCGAUCAAAAGCAUAAUAUCCACAAAAGAAGGAAGAUGAGUUUGGUAAAUGGGGAAGUUGGGCAUCUAUUGCAAUACUUUCAAAGACAAUUGGUUGAAAAUCCAACUUCAUACCAUGCCUAUCAAAUGGAUGCUGAAGAUCGAAUCACCAAUGUGUUUUGGGCAGAUGCAAGGAUGCUAAUUGAUUAUGGGUAUUUUGGUGAUGUGGUUUCUCUUGAUUCAACAUACUGCACCGAUUGUCCGCACAUACCACUAGCAGUGUUUUCAGGAUUUGACCAUCAUCGAGGAACGGUGAUCUUUGGGGCUGCGUUAUUAUAUGAUGAAACAGCAGAGUCCUAUAAGUGGCUCUUUGAGAAAUUUCUAGAGGCACAUAAGCAGAAAAUGCCUCAAACAUUUUUUACUGAUCAAAACCAGACAAUAGAAAAAGCAUUAGCUGUUGUUAUGCCUGGAACUUACAAUGGCUUAUGUACGUGGCACUUGAUGCAGAACUUGGACAAUUUAAUGAAGGACAAGUCCGAUUUUAUUGUUGACUUUAAGAAGUGCAUGUAUGACUAUGAAGAUGAAGAACAGUUUGAAGAAGGUUGGAGAACCCUCCUUGUAAAGUAUGAUGUUAAGGAAAAUACUUGGUUGCAAAGAGUGUACACUAUAAAGGAGAAAUGGGCAGCUUGUUAUAUGAAGAAAGCUUUUACAUUAGGAAUGCAAAGCACCCAACUUAGUGACAAUGUGAAUGUAGAAAUUAAAAGUUUCAUGAAUGCAGACUUGGAUAUAAUCAAGUUUUUCGAGCAUUUUGAGGGUGUUGUAGAAGAAAAGCGAUAUAAUGAACUGAAGUCUGAAUGUGAAGCACGCCAAAAUAUUUCAAGACUCAAGUACCCUUAUUCUGGUAUCUUACAAAGCGUGUAUGGGCUUUAUACUCCCACUAUUUUUGAUCUAUUUCAACACGAGUAUGAGUUAUUUGAAGCAUGUUCCGUGAAGAGCAUGAACAAAAAUAUGAACAUGCAAACACCCACAAUUGAUUUUGUGAUUGCCAUGGUAAGGGAUUUGGGAGAGUGGCAAGUGUCUUUUGAUUUGGAUAAGACUUCAAUUAGUUGCUCUUGUCGUAAGUUUGAGAGCUUUGGUAUACUUUGUUGUCAUUGUAUAAAGGUAUUUAUUCAUAUGGACGUCAAAUCAGUGCCCGCACGUUAUAUCCUGAAAAGGUGGACAAAGUUAGCAAGAAGUGGGGCUUUACCUAAUGUUGGUGUUAGUGACGUGGUAGAAGAUGUAGAUCUAUCCCCAUCGCAACGCUACAAAAAAAUUUGUCCCCGCCUUAUUAGGAUAGCCAUUGAAGCGUGUAGAAGUAAAGAAACAUUCUUGUUCCUUAGCAAAGUUAUUGAUGAAUUAGAUAGGCAAAUGUUGGAGUUUCAAAAUAAUCAAGUAAGUGUAACUCCAAGUCAGUUCCUUAGCAAUAUAAGAGAUAGCAUGUAGCAUUUGGUUUUGUCUUCUGUGUAAGAAACCAAUUACUCUUUAAAUCAAUGUCACUGGUUUUACUAGCUUAUUGUAAAUUUCCGCAAUUAUAUGAGCAUUUCUUCCAACUAA